AUGGCUUCACAGUACGAGGUGGAGGUGACGGUGAUCUCCGGCAAGAACAUGAAGAACGUGAACUGGAGGAAUGGGAACCUCCACCCCUAUGUGGUCCUCUGGCUGGACCCCGCCGCCAAGCGCUCCACCAAGGUCGCUGUCGACGGGGAAGAAGGCUCCGGCGAGGACCCCCUCUGGGACGAGAAGCUCACCAUCCCGCUGCCCCCCGGCGGGAGCCUCUCCACCGGCGGCGCCGCCCUUUCCAUCGACGUCGUCCACGCCAACGCCGGCAAGGACACCAAGCCGCUCGUCGGCUCCGCCAUCGUCCCGCUGGCGGAGAUCGUCGACGAGGUGGGCAUCGGGGGGAAAGCUUCCCGCACGCUCAAGCUGAAGCGGCCCUCCGGCAGGCCGCAAGGCAAGCUAGAGGUCAAGAUCGCUGUGCGCGAGCCCUCCCGAUAUUACGACUCCCCUCCGCCGCCGGCGCCGGGGUACGGGGCUUACGCGCCGCCGGCGUACGGGCACCAGUACCGGGACUACGGCGGUGCACCGGCACCAUAUGGGUAUGGCGCGCCACCGCCGAGUGGGUGUCCGUCCUAUGGGUACCCGUACGGGGCGGCGCCGCCGCCAGCGGUGGGGUAUGGCCAGCCAUCGGCGUAUGGGCAGCAGCCGUAUGCCGUCGCCGGAGGGGAGAAGAAGAGCAAGUUCGGGAUGGGGACGGGGCUGGCGGUGGGGGCGGCGGCCGGCGUGCUGGGGGGGCUGGCGCUGGCGGAGGGGGCGGACUACGUGGAGGACAAGAUAGCCGACGACGUGGCGGAGAGGGUGGAGGACGAUCUGGGCUUCGACGACGACGGCGGCGACUUCUAG